AUGUCACGCGAGCAAGUGAACUGGCUAUACGAGGUCGUUACUGGAGGAAAGGACAAGCCCUUCGUCUCGAGUAUGAACGGUUCAGAGGGAGAUGUUAUGGCAUCAUACCUUUCAGGACAUGGGAUUACCCUCGUUCCUUGGGAUAUCGAAGCGAGCUCUGUGGAUUCUCCUUCAGUGACAUCGGCCCUGUUUGCCCCGCUGGCUCGUUCGAUAACACACAACCACCGUCCUAGAGCGGACAUUCCGUUCCCUGACUACAUCCGGCCGGAAGAUAGGGGCGACACCGAGGAUGACCGGUGUUGGUCCCCUGAAGAUUGUUCUGGUGACGCGGUCCAGUUCUUCCAUCAGUGGGCUCUUGCCGGGCGAACUCUCCCGCGCCGGCAUACGUGCUUAAUGGAUUUCUGCGGAGUACACCCCGUAACGUUCCCUAAUCCUUUCUUGCGUUGUUGCCCAGAUAUAGGGUGGCAUCCACCUCAUGGAGGUCACUGGGAAAUCAACUUUUUCCUUGAACCUGAGAAGCAAAAUGCCUCACCAAUUCCCCAUAUUGCUGUGGGGGCUUCCCAACCAGUGAAUGCUAGAGACAACUCCAUUCUAUACGGGGAGCUUGCCGUAAUUCUUGCCGUAAUGCAUGGCCGUGUCAACCAGCCAAAAGUAGAGAGUGAGGAGGAGAUGGCGAAUCUGUUUGAUGUGCAGCAGGGGGUCUUUGAGGAAAUCUGCCAUGAAAACCCAGCCUUCCCGAACGAACAGACAUUUCCACUUCUUCUCUUCUCCUUUGUGGGCCCACAGCAUGCGAGGAUACUCUGUGCUUCCAUGAACCAGAGGCAGCUGAUGGUUCGGAUGUCGAAGCUUUAUAGCUUCGAGAGAAAGGAGGAAGCUCCACUUGAACUGUUCACGUCCUGGCUUUUUUCGCGCCCCGUGGUGGAGCCUUAG